AUGGCCGCUGCUAAGCGAGCCUGCUCCGCUCCCGCCAAUUCCGCCGACGCAGCCAAACCGGCGGCGGCGCCAGAACCCGAGCAGCAGCUGCUGGAGGUGGCGGAGGAGGAGGUGGUCGUCGACUUCAAGCCCAACGCCAAGUGCCGCGUCGACCUCCGCCUCCGCUCGCUGCACCCGACGCUCCCCGUCGCCUUCAAGGUGCAGACCUCCUCCCCGCUCAAGUUCCUCGUCAGCCCGCCGCGCGGCGCCCUGCAGCCGCUCUCCACGGCCACCAUCCGCGUCGUGCUCCGCCCGCAGCCGCACGCGCCGCCGUCCUUCCCGCGCUCCCGCGCCGACCGCUUCCUCGUCCUCUCCUCCCUCUCCGCCGCGCACCUCGACUCCGCGGCCUCCGUGCCCGGCGGCGCCGGCGUCGGCAUCGGCGCCAUCCGCCUCCGCGUGUUCUUCGGCGGGCCCUACCUGCUCCGCCUCGCCGCGGACGCCGGGGACUCCGCGGCCGUGCGCCUCAUCCUGCGCCGGCAGCCGCACCUCCUGCCGGUUCUCGACCCCGAGGCGGCCGUGCCGGACGCCGAGCCGUGGGCGCCGCUGCACGCGGCUGCCGCGCGGGGCGACUGCGGAGAGGUGAGGAGGCUGGGGCAGGAGGCGCUCGCGGCGCGCGACAAGGACGGCAGGACGGCUCUGCACGUUGCGGCCGCCGCCGGGGAAGCAGAGGCCGUGGCAGAGCUGGUGGACAUGGGCGCCGACUCCGCCGCAGCCGACGCGCGCGGGCGGACUCCGCUGGACGUGGCGCGAGAGAAGGGCUACAAGGAGGUGGUGGACGUGCUGCAGCGGUGGGAGCAGGUGAUGACGGCGGCGAGGCGGGGCGACCUCCGGAGCCUGGAGUUCCUCCUCAGCAAGCGCACGGGCCUCCGCGGCCGCGACCAGUACGGGCUGACGGCGCUCCACGUGGCCGCCAUCAAGGGCCACUGCGACGCCAUCGCCCUGCUGGCGGGGUCGGGGUGCAUGGACGUGGAGUGCGAGGACGUGGAAGGGCACCGGCCGCUGCACCUCGCCGUCGAGGGCGGCUGCGCCGACGCCGUCGACCUGCUGCUCGACAUGGGCGCCGACGCCCACGCCAGGACCAAGCGGGGCGCCACGCCGCUCCAGAUGGCCGACACCAUGGGCUAUGACGACAUCUCGAAGCUGCUGCGCGCCCGGGGCGCCGACGAGGCGGCGGCGGCGGCGGCGGCAGGUGACGCGCAGCUGUGCAUCGCGUCGUCGUCUUCCUCGUCGAUAUCCUGUGCAUAA